AUGGGCAAGAGCCACCUUGAUCAGAGGCUAGUAUACCUAGCUCUUAGAAGUAUUUUCAAGGGAGCAGAUGCUCGUGUUCGUAAAUCCAAAAAGAUUCACGAGCUGAUCCAGAAGCAUCACCACCAACACGGCAUUAGCAAUCUUUUGGAAGAGCAUAACAUGGACAUGAUUUGCAACGUGGCCAAGACCCUUCUCGAACAACAAGUAUUCGAAUCAACACUAAGAGCAAAAAGCCGAUUCCCCGAGGUGUCAGAAGAUUCGCAAAGUCAGAGCGAAGGACAGGCAACUCCAUCGUCCUCGGCAUCAAGCACAGAGACAGCUCUCCAGAGUGUUAACAAACAAGUUCCAGAACGCACUUAUCAGCAGAUCGGUAGUCCCAUACCGUCGCUCUACCCAAUUUACUUACCAUUCUCCACUCAACACAAGGUCCUCGUCAGCGUCCAGCACAUGCUUGAAAGCGCCUGUUACACCUUUGCUCAAAAGAAAUUGAGAUUUGUACUGGAAACAGAAGGACUGGAGUGUGCUGAAGCGGUUGAGCUCCAUCGAUGGUCAAACAUAUUCCAGACACAACAAGUUGAAUUCCCUGAAGACAAUCUGGAAGCUCUUGGCAGGCCUCUACCCGAGCUCCUUCGCUCAAUGACAGAACUUCGGCAUGCGACAGUCCACCGGACCCGCCUGAGUGCAAACGCCGCCAUACAGAUCAUAAGCGAUGCAGAGUCGUUCGUAAAGCUGGUAAAAAAUGACACAUGUAUCAACGGCAUCUCAAGGUUGAGACGCGAAACAGAAACUAUCGUCAAGGCACUGAAGGCUAAGAAAGGCUCGUUGGAGCUGAAGUUGACAGGUAUGGAGAAGCGUCUGGAAGCUCAGAGGGCUGAUUUGGAGCGUCAGAAACUUGAAGCGAUCGAGAACGCAUUCAAAGAAGAUCGGAUAUAUAUUUUAUCUGCAGGAGCAAAUUUGGAGCGCGCCUUGACAUUGCCAGUGACUGCGAUGUACAACAGAGCCGCAAUGGAGCACGAGCCGGCUUUGGAGGCAGAUAUCGAAGAGCAUGUAUGCGAAGGUGAAACCAGCAUUUAUAACUGUAGAAUACAAUAG